AUGGCCUUCUCAACUCCUUCACGUGUGCUUCUACCGGCACUCUUCUCCCUCUUUGCUGUAGUACAAGCAGCUACCGUCACAUACGACUUCGAGGUCGGGUGGGUUACCGCAAACCCAGAUGGCGCUUUUGACCGUCCCACCAUUGGCAUCAACGGACAGUGGCCUAUCCCCCAGAUCACAGCAAAUGUCGGUGAUCAGGUUGUCGUCAAUGUCCUGAACUCGCUGGGGAACCAGUCAACGUCGCUGCACUUCCAUGGGCUUUACAUGAAUGGCACAACGCACAUGGACGGCCCUGUAGGUGUGACACAAUGCCCAAUCCAACCGGGCUCCAGGUUCACCUACAACUUCACAAUCAACCAACCAGGCACGUAUUGGUACCACUCCCACGUGAGAGGCCAGUACCCCGACGGCCUGCGCGGCCCACUGAUCGUCCACGACCGGGACUCUCCGUUCAGCGGGCAGUACGACGAGGAACUCGUCCUUACCGUCUCCGACUGGUACCACGACGAAAUGCCCGGUUUGAUCGAGGGUUUCAUCAGCAAGGACAACCCUACCGGUGCGGAACCAGUCCCCAAGAAUGCCCUCCUCAACGAGACACAGAACCUCACCGUCUCCGUCGAGCCGGGCAAGACGUAUCUGUUCCGCAUGGUCAACAUGGGGGCCUUUGCGGGGCAGUACGUCUGGUUCGAGGGCCACAACAUAUCGAUCGUGGAAGUCGACGGCAUCUACACGCAGCCUGCGGUGGCCGACAGGAUAUAUCUCUCCGCUGCGCAGAGGUGCAGCUUCCUGCUGACGACGAGGAACGACACCAGCGCGAAUUUCCCAUUUGUGGCAAGCAUGGAUACCGACCUCUUCGACACCCUGCCCGACGACUUGAACUGGAACGUCACCGGGUGGCUGUCGUACGACAGUUCAAAGCCGAUGCCCGAACCAGCGUUGGUGGAUGAGUUUAACGAAUUUGACGACUACACUCUAGUACCGUACGACAACCAAACAAUCCUUGGCACUCCAGAUCAUCAGAUCGAGCUGGAAGUCAUCAUGGACAACCUCGGAGACGGGGCGAACUACGCCUUCUUCAACAACAUCACAUACAAGGCCCCCAAGGUCCCAACACUGUACACGGCCCUCUCAUCCGGCGAGACGGCCAACAACGCCUUUGUCUACGGCAGCCACACGCACAGCUUCGUCCUGCAGAAGGGCGAGGUCGUCCAGCUCGUGGUGGACAACGCCGACACGGGCAAGCACCCCUUCCACCUGCACGGGCACGCCUUCCAGGCGGUGUGGCGGUCCGCCGAGGACGUGGGCGCCUUCGCCGACUCCAACGCCACCGAGGCCGACUUCUCGCCCGUCCCGAUGCGCAGGGACACCUUCGUGCUGCCCCCGCAGGGCAACAUCGUGCUGCGCUUCCGCGCCGACAACCCCGGCGUCUGGCUGUUCCACUGCCACAUCGAGUGGCACGUCGAGUCCGGGCUCAUCGCCACCAUGGUCGAGGCGCCGCUCGACCUGCAGCAGACGCUCACCGUCCCGCAGGGGCAUUAUGAUGCCUGUGCCGCCGCGUCGCCCGCCAUGCCCACGACCGGGAACGCGGCCGGCAAUACGGUCGAUCUCCUGAACCUCAAGGGCGAGCCAUCGCCGCCCGCGAGGCUGCCGGACGGGUUCACCGCCAGGGGCAUCGUGGCCCUGGUCUUCAGCUGUAUCAGUGGCGUCCUGGGCGUCGCCGUCGUGGCGUGGUACGGUCUCUCGGGUGACCCUGCGGCGGCGGCGAAGACUGCGGGCACCUCGGGUGUGUUCCAGCAGGGCGCUGGACACGACACUGCCGCAAACGGCAAUGGAACUCGUGUUGAGGAGGUUACUGCUGUGUCUGGUGGUGGCGGCACCGGGGCUGGGAAGAGAUGA